AUGCUUGAAGUUGUAAACUACAUCAUGGCCCGUACCAAGCAGACCGCACGUAAGUCCACCGGAGGAAAGGCGCCCCGCAAGCAGCUGGCCACAAAGGCGGCCCGGAAGAGUGCGCCAUCGACUGGCGGAGUGAAGAAGCCGCAUCGUUACCGCCCGGGUACGGUGGCCCUGCGUGAAAUCCGUCGUUACCAGAAAUCGACGGAGUUGCUGAUCCGCAAGCUGCCGUUCCAGCGUCUGGUGCGUGAAAUUGCGCAGGAUUUCAAGACGGAUCUGCGCUUCCAGAGCGCAGCAGUGGCAGCCCUGCAGGAAGCCAGCGAAGCGUACCUUGUUGGUCUAUUCGAGGACACGAAUCUGUGCGCCAUUCACGCGAAGCGCGUCACCAUUAUGCCGAAGGAUAUCCAGCUUGCUCGUCGUAUCCGCGGAGAGCGGACAAUGGCCCGUACCAAGCAGACCGCACGUAAGUCCACCGGAGGAAAGGCGCCCCGCAAGCAGCUGGCCACAAAGGCGGCCCGGAAGAGUGCGCCAUCGACCGGCGGAGUGAAGAAGCCGCAUCGUUACCGCCCGGGUACGGUGGCCCUGCGUGAAAUCCGUCGUUACCAGAAAUCGACGGAGUUGCUGAUCCGCAAGCUGCCGUUCCAGCGUCUGGUGCGUGAAAUUGCGCAGGAUUUCAAGACGGAUCUGCGCUUCCAGAGCGCAGCAGUGGCAGCCCUGCAGGAGGCCAGCGAAGCGUACCUGGUCGGUCUAUUCGAGGACACGAAUCUGUGCGCCAUUCACGCGAAGCGCGUCACCAUUAUGCCGAAGGAUAUCCAGCUUGCUCGUCGUAUCCGCGGAGAGCGUGCUUAAAUCAAGCAUCAAAUCAAAUCUGUCUUAACAAAAUCGGUC